CGCCAUAAAACCCACAGAAGAAGAACGUUCUGUAGUUCGGACUUGCACGGAAACGCGGUUUACACACGGAGGUUAUUCGCUAAUAAAAAAUUAGUUGGGAUUUUACUGUAUUAUUUUGCAAUGGAAAUUCUAGAGUUGGUGCCUUCAAGCUUCGGAUAUGUCAUAUUUACAUACUUUUACAGCUGGAUCAUGUUGACUUAUCUCGGUGUUAAGGUUGGAGCUGCCAGAAAGAAAUACGAUGUGAAGUACCCUACCAUGUACAGUGACAAGGAGCAGGUGUUCAACUGCAUCCAGAGGGCCCACCAGAACACACUAGAGGUGUACCCUCAGUGGCUUGUGUUCCAGACCAUUGCAGCUCUUGUCUAUCCAACUUCUGCAACUGUGCUGGGAGCCAUCUGGGUCACCAGCAGGUUCUCCUAUGCCUGGGGUUACUACACUGGAGAUCCAGCCAAGAGAAUGAAGGGUGCCUAUGGGUACAUUGGGUAUUUUGGAGUCAUCAUUCUCUCCAUCUCAGUGGCUUUGCAGCUGCUUAGAAUCUUGCAAUUGCCUGAAAUAUUUUGAGCCAGCUGGUUUACAUUCCAUAUUUACCCUUUCUACUAAGUGUAUCUCUUACAGUGGCUUGUGCCUGUUAUUCAAACAGCUACGAUAUCAUGUAGCUGAACAAUAUGAUAUUCUUUUCAAUUAUGAUAUUCUUUAAUUGCUGUGAUCUUACCAAUGUGAAAACAACUAUAGGCCUAUGUGUUACUGCAAUACAAUUUAGUUUUGUUAGUUGAUACUGUAAGGACCAUUGAUUGUGAUUUGUCUUUUUUAUACGAUUAUCAGGCAUUUAUUUUAACCUUCCAUUCCCAUGUACUGUCAACAUGAUGUUAAUAAAGAUGAAUGUAAACAUUG